UGUGACUAAAACUCUUCUCCUAUAUAAUAAGUUCAUACGACUGUGUUACAGAAGGUGGCAAACCGAAAGGCCAUUAAACAAAAACUUUCAGAAGAAGAAGAAAGUGAUCAUUCACACAUAUAACAAGAUACUAAGAUUAGCUUCUAAAUAACAUGGAGAAGAUAGAUGAUGGUGACUAUACUGCCACCACAGCUUCUUUUUCACCUAGCUUCAGCACUUACUCAGGCAACAACCUCGUCAAGAUCGCCGAACGGGUCGGUGGCGACCAUUAUAAGGAGAAAGGAGACGACGCGUUCGAGUUCGCGACUCUCCAAACGGUUCACGAGUCUCCUCUAGUAUUCCCGGUUUUUGAUAAGAAACAUGAAGAUGUGUCGCCGGAGACGGUUGUGGCUCCGUUAAAAGAUCUCUUCCUCCGCGAGAAUGAACAUUCACCACCGCAGCAGCAGACGUAUUCAUCUUCUGAUGAAGAGGAGGAGGAAGAAGAAGAGGAGGAUGAGCUAGACAUGAUCCCUAGCGAGAUAUACUGUCCAUGGACGCCAGCGAGAUCCCCGGUGGAGAUGACGUCUCCUUGUAGAAAGAGCAAAUCGACAGGAUCGUCGUCUUCGACGUCGGCAUGGUCGAGGAGACGAUGGAAAAUUAGAAACCUGCUUAAGAGAAGUCGCAGCGACGGGAAGGAAUCACUCGAGUUCUUGAACUCGAGCCCUGUUAACAACAUAGACAAAUCUUGUUCUUCUUCUCCUUGUCCGAAGAACAAGGAGACGGUGAAGACAAAGAAGAAGGAAAAGGAGAAGGAGAAGGAGAAAGUUUCAGCACACGAGAAAUUUUACCUGAGGAACAAAGCAAUGAAAGAAGAGGACAAGAGAAAGUCAUAUCUACCGUACAAGCAAGAACUUGUCGGAAUUUUCUCCAACAUUCACCGACACGGCAAAGCUUUUCCUCGGUUCUGAUCUGAUCCAUGACAACAACUAGAGUUUUGUUGUUUGAUUGUUUAUUAUCUUUAGAAAAUCAUUUUAUUUCCACAAAAAAAAAGAUGCGAGUUCACAUUCGUUAUCUAAAGUACUAGUGGUAUCGGUUUUUAAAUUAUAUUUUUCUCGUUUUGUACGCAGUUUGAUGAACGAAAUUUCAUCAUGUUCAUACGAUGUUGUAUAUUUUAUAAUUUGGGUUCAUGAUUUUAUGCAAAUGUAGUUGCAGAUAUUACCAGACGUGAAAUAUAGAUGUAAAAAAA